CACUCUUGCUGUCAUUGUGGAGCAAAGGUGAAAAAAUGAGUUUUGCAAUGAUACUCCAAGGCAACAAAGAGACCAGACACGCAGAUUUAAUGUAAAUCCGGAACAAUACCAGAGCACAAAACGGAGCCAAAGAGCUUGCUGUAAGGUUACUGGAGCUAUACAGUUGAUUCCAAUGGACAAUGCCAAGAAAUCUUUUGAUGUGUUUUCAACCUCCCUGUCAAAAUGCAUAUCAGCCUGUGGUUCUAUGACUCAGCAGCUCUUACCACGUUGGACUCCGCAGGCCAGACCCUUCCGGGUCACCGACUCUGAUCGCUCGAUUAAGAAAGGCAUCAUGGCAGGUGACCUAAGAGACCUACGGAACAAGGUGAUGGACGUUUUUCACAUUAAUUGUGUCAGUGCUGUGGUGUUGGAUGAGGAUGGAACUGGAGUGGAUACAGAGGAGUUUUUUCAGACCUUAAAGGACAACACUGUCCUCAUGGUCUUAGGGAAAGGACAGAAGUGGGCCCCACAGCAGAGACACCUUCCGGGUCAGAUGAAAGUACAAAGGAGACAUAUGACCAAGAGUGAUCCUGGAUGCGGCUGGAAACAGCCAAGGAAGGAUGUAGCCAAAGUGACAUUUGAUCUUUACAAAAACCAUCCACAGGAUUUUAUUGGCUGCUUAAAUAUACAGGCAACCUUAUAUGGAAUGUACUCUGUUUCAUAUGAUUUGCAGUGCUAUAAGGCAAAAAGGAUGCUAAGGGAAGCCCUAAGAUGGACUCUGUUCAGUAUGCAGACCACUGGUCAUCUUUUAGUGGGUACUUCAUGUUAUAUUCAGCAUCUUAUCGAUGAGGAUGAGAAAAUGGACGCACUGGUAACGCCUGCAUGUGUCAUGAAGCAGUUACAACAUUAAAUGAUGGUGGCCUGUUUCACAGCUCGGGCAAAUUAAAAAGAGUGCACUACUUGUAUAUUUAUAUCUUACUAUUGUUUCUAAAAGCAUAUUUGUGAAUUAUUUACUUCUGUGUAAACAGUAACACAUACAGUUAAACUAUGCAUACAAUUUUAUACUUUACUAAUAAAUACUCUAUUUCUAUAAGUUCUUGAUUAAACAUGAUUGAUAUACUCAAAUUAGUUAACACGUAUAGUAUAAAUAAACAUGUUUAAUGUUAUCUCGUUAAUAUAAUUUGACUGUAAAUUGUAACUUCCAUCCUCACAAAAUGGUAAAUACAACUUUUACACAUACUCUAUUUUGUUUACUUUCCUUAAAAAAUGAAUAAAUGUAACAAUGUAACUAAACUACAAUAAAUGAAUAAAUAAAUAA